CCAGAGAGAGAAUAUGAGAGACAGAAUUAGUGAGUUGGAGUUAGUGGCAACUAUCUCACUAACUCCAACUCACUAACUCCACACCACGUCCAUUUCAGGAUAUUUCCAGAUCCCCUACGUCCACAUGGACGAUGUCCAUAUCCUUCAAAUCUCCUCUCUAUGCCGACCUCCUUCUCAUGAAUUGGGUUGGCUGCAUUCAGUUGCUCACACUUGCCUCUUGAGCUUUGAUGGUGUGUGACGCCGGAGCGUGAGAUAUGCCCAACGUGUUCUCGGACUGGACUUGGUGCCAGAGUGAUACCAGGGACGGGUGAACUGCAGCGCCUAUGGCAUUGGGUUGGCUUUGUAGGCGUGCUCCAAAUGUGACACGGCCAAUUGGACAGGGGAUUUCAGAUGCCCUGUCUCCCACAAGGUCUGCACUUUUGCUGCAAUCCCCGUUCAACUUGUUCAUUCAAGCUUUCUUCCUCUUCUUGCACAGAUCACGAAGAGAGCGUGUUUCAACAGAGGGCAAGGUAAAUGUUCAUCAUUUUAUGAACGCUCAGGUCUUUGUUCACGAGCAAUUGGAACAUGGUGCACGUAGGAAAUUCUUACGACAAUUUUCUACUCUGAGGUUGUGGGUUCCUCAAUUCGGUAUGAAUUAUAGUAAUUCCGACGCUUACAGGGGUGACUGCGUUGUUGAAUCUUUUAGAGUAGGCUUGCGGCGCUGUUGGAGAUCAUUGAAUACAAAUUGCUGGGCACGAGACCUAGACAAAGGAAUUGGAGCAGGACGCCCAGGAGAGGCUUCUAACAAAGUUAGGAAGCAGCCAUUAGAUCGUACCUGUCGAACUGGCUCAAGUAUUAAGCAUUUGAAAGAUCGUUGCUUUGAUGACAUUAUCGAGAAAGAUAAGCUUCUUAAGAUUGUUUUGUGUAUCAAGGACCUCCUAGGAGCUGAGCCGAGCCGAUCCAUGACUAUAUUGGACCUGGGCAAGAACAAGGAAGAUUUAGGGUUCAAGGGAAAUGGGCGUCUUGUCGCAUUCUUAAAACGUUACCCGGGUGUUUUUGUAGUUCACGAGACUGCGGGAUUUGGAAAUCUACCUUGGUUUCAGUUUACACCAGAAGCAGAAGCUGCCUUUGUAGAGGAAUUGGAAGUACGAAAAGGAAUGAGCAGCGAGGUUGUCAUAAAGCUGCAGAAGCUUCUAAUGAUGUCAAGUGAUAGGACGCUCUUAUUAUCAAAAAUUGCUCACCUUGGGCGAGAUUUAGGUCUUCCUGAUGAUUUCAGGAAAAGUUUUGUGAAUGAGUAUCCAAACUAUUUUCGCGUUGUAGGAAGUAAAUGUACUCUUGAUUCUGAAGGUCCUAAACUGGAGCUCGUUAGAUGGAGCGCUCGUCUGGCUUUUACAGAAGUUGAGUUAAAAGCUAAAGAAUCCGGACGUGAUUCUGUUCAAAUUUUGGAAUCCAGCAGUUCGAAAGGAUCCCGACUCUCAAAGUUUGACGAAGUUGAUUGUCCCUCACCGUAUCAGGAUGCAAACCAUCUUCAUCCUCGAUCUUUUCUGUUCGAGAAACGCGCAGUACUUCUUGUUCAAGAGCUUUUGUCUCUCACCUUAGAGAAGCGGCUAUUAGUGGACCAGCUUACACACUUCCGCAACGAGUUCAAAUUUUCGAAAAAGUUACAUGGUAUGCUAAUCCGUCAUCCUGAGCACUUCUACGUUUCCAGAAAAGGUUCUCGUGACACUGUGUUUCUGAGAAGGGCUUUUCAGGAAAUUCAUAUACGUGGUCAGCGUAAGGAAUAUUGUCUAAUUGACAAGCACCCCUUGGUCCUGGUUAAAGAGAAAUUUGCAGCUCUCAUGGGAGUGGAUUGUGUUGCUUCUAGCACUAGAAAGAGUCCAGGUUCUUUUCAAGGUAAGGGUACUCCUGCGCAGGCCCGCACAGCUCCAGCCGAAGGUUUUGCAACGACCAAGGAUCCUUGGUGAAUAAACAUCAAAUGGCACUAGUGUGACCGACACGCUCAUCAUAAAAUCUUAUCAAAAGAUUGGCCAAUUGAUUUGGUUUGCUGAUGAAGCUAGGAACCUCUAUGUGAAUCUGCACCAAGGCAUGUUUUAGACAAUUUGGAACUUAAUUAGAAGCCACUACCGAAGCCAUGAAAUAGUUCUGACUAUCAAUGGCAUGUAGAGGAAUCGAACAAAUGGGCAUUUCUGGUCAUGAAUAUGGUGGACUUGUUAACAGUGGGGUUACUCGACGAAUAGUGAAAAUGUGAAAAAUUAUGGAAGUAAUCGAUGUCUCUUUUUUUGCUCUUUUUAUCAUGUGAAGUAGCUUCGAACUCAGUUAUGCAGCUGACAUGACGAAGGGAAGACGUGAGAGUUAUGGAAUAUAGUACAUACAAAUCUUGCACAUAUAAUUGAUCAUAUAAUUGAUCAUGUGCUAGAGAGUAGUGUGUGCAUACAAAGUGUGGUCAGUAUGUAGAUAAGAUAUUUGUAUUGUUAAUAUAUAGGGAUAGGUACUUUGAACUAUAUUUGAGAAGUUUUGGAAAUUUCUAUAAUUAGGGUUAGGUUAGUGGAUUAGAUAGGAUCCACCUUGGUAUAUAUUUAAAAUAAUUUAAGAUUAUUAUCUAAAUAGGAUUUAUUAUAGAACCUUCAAGAGAAAAUUGAGGGAGGUUGUGUAGAUGGGGCCCAUUGUAGAAACCUCUAAUAAGAAUUUAAGGUGGUUAUUUAAUUGGAAUC